CUGCAGUCCGCUUCCCCGCCGCUGUUGAGUAAACUACAUGGACAUAAGCGGGCGCAGCGGCACAACCACCGAGCCGGAGUGGAUUAAAAAACAGCGUGCGUGUGUGUGUGUGUGGAGAGCCACUCGAUAGACGACCGUGUAACCAAUUGCGAAACCCCGGUGUGUGACAGCAAGUCCGUUACAGCAGUUUGCGGCCGCUAAACAGCGGAAAAGGGAAAAGAGGCUCCGGGUGAACUCAGCGGUGCCGUGCAUUGUGUGUCAGGCAGCCAGGGGGGAGAGAGAGCUCGAGCUCGGCGGGAAUGGCUUCAUCUCCGUGCGGCAACAGCAACUUUGAUUCCGGGCUGGAAAUCAAAACUCGCUCGGUGGAGCAGACGCUUAUUCCGUUAGUAUCGCAGAUCACCACUCUGAUAAAUCAUAAAGACAAGCCAAAGAAGUCCGAGCGCACCCUUGCAGCCAUACACAGGGUGGGCCAGGCAGUGAGCGUGGCUGUGGGACGUUUUGUAGCCGUCGGGGAAGCCAUCGCCACAGAGAAUCAAGAGCUGAAGGAUGAGAUGGGUCAAGCCUGCUUCGAGGCGCGCAGGGCGGGUGAUGCCAUAGCCCAGCUGACGGAUGCUGGAUCGGCUUUGCCGUCCCAGCCAGACGGACGUCUGACGGUCUUCAGUGAUAGGACAGGGAUGGUGAAGGCGGCCCGCUUGCUCCUCUCCUCAGUCACCAAAGUCCUUGUCUUAGCUGACCGCAUCGUCAUCAAACAGAUAACCACAUCGCGCAACAAGGUCCUGGUUACCCUCGACCAUCUGGAAAGAGUCAGCACCUUCCAGGAAUUUGUGCAGAUUUUCAGCCAGUUUGGCAAUGAGAUGGUGGAGUUUGCCCACCUCACCGGAGACAGGCAGAACGACUUGAAGGAUGAGAAGAAAAAAGCACGGAUGGCAGCGGCCAGAGCGGUGCUGGAGAAAUGCACCAUGAUGCUCCUCACAGCCUCCAAGACUUGCCUGAGGCACCCCGACUGCGAGUCGGCACGGAUCAACAAAGACGCCGUGUUCCACCGAAUGCGCUGUGCCCUGGAGCAGGUCAUCGAGAUAGUCACCGAGGCACGGAGCUGCGGGGAGAACAAGGUCCUUCCUGCCAGCAUCCACGACGGCAUCAGGGACUUCAAGUGCAGCGUGGAGUGCCUGCGGGAGAACCUGUACGCCUUGUCGCCCCAGAGCGUGGGCAGCCAGCUGGAGGCACUGGUGGAGCGGACCGAGGACUUCACCGAUUCGGCCUACACCAGCCACGAGCAGCGGCAGGCCAUCCUCGGCCUGUGCCAGCUGGCGCGCCAGGACACUCAGCAGCUGGUGCACGCCUGGGUUGAGGCGCAGUCUGCCCAUGCCAAAGAAGCCACAGAGGACAUGGAGGUGGCCAUCCUGAAGACGUGCCAGAGUGUCAACGACCUCAGACGUGAGCUCCAUAAGGUGGCGGUGGGUCGCGCCUCAGACUUGCUCAAAGUUCACGGGGAGCAGUUACCUCUGCGGGCUCUCAAGGCUGCCGGCGCCGAGGGGAACCUGGAGGCGGUGGCAGAGUAUUCGCGCAAGCUCACUGAGCAGAAGGAGCAGCUGGUGGAGACUUGCCGGCUGCUGUGCCACGUGUCGGGGUCAGAGCCUCUGGAGAUCACCUGUAUACACGCCGAGGAGACGUUUCAUGUCAUCGGUCCACAGAUCAUCUCGGCAGCCCAAACGCUCGCCCUCCACCCGUCCAGUAAAAUCGCCAAGGAGAACCUGGAGGUGUUCUGUGAGGCCUGGGAGUCCCAGCUCUGCGACAUGGCCCUGCUGCUGAGAGAGAUCAAUGACGUCUUUGAAGGCAGGCGAGGAGACAAAAGACCAUAUUUGUCACUUCCCAGACCCGGGAAGCACUCACUCACCAACUUGAAGACUGCCAAGGCUGUCAAGUUGGAUGCAGAGGAGCAGACAAGCAUGGCCAAGCUGGGCCUGGAACUCCGUCUGCUGUCGUCAGACGUGGACACAGAGGUGGAGAAAUGGGAGGAGCAGGAGCACGACAUCGUCCGACAGAGCCAGAGCCUGGCCAGCAUGGCCUACAACAUGCACCUGUUCACCAGAGGGGAGGGGCUGCUGAAAACCACGCUAGAUCUGUUUCAUCAAGCCGAGGUUCUUUCUGAAGAAGGGCUCCAGCUGUGCUCAUCUCUCCACACUUUUUCAACUCAGCUGGUUGACGAGGAAAAGACUUUGGUGGUGACAGAGAUGGAGAAGCUGGUGGCAUUGUGCCAACAGCUGCAGAUGGGGGCCAAAUCUCCUGUACAGGGCAAGACUGCCACCUUCCAGAAGGUGGACUCAUCCAUUCAGACAACCAGAGGUAUUUUGGCUGUGGUCCUCUCCCUCCUCCCGCUCUGUAAUAAGCUCAACAGAAAGUACAAGUCCGAGAGGAGCAGCCUGGGUUCCCCGCAGGACUGGAGAGAGAGGCAGGAUGCAUCCACACCUGUCAAAGAAGAGGGAGCUCUCAACAACAAAAACAGCAACGGCUUCGGGGUCAAAUCCUUGGAGCAGCACAUGACCAGCCUAAACCUCUUGGAGAGCAAAUAAUCCAGGAAAUAGUCACCUCCCUUCGUCCGCUAUUCUCCCAUGGAGCAGCGCAUAGCCAACCUCACCUUUUUCUGGAGGAAGUGUAAUCCAGGAAAUACUUCACAGCCCUCAUCCUCAUGCCCCCACCAGAGAGUGGGCUCGAGCCGUGGGGUGAAGAUGGCUGCCUGGGUCAGUCAGAGUUUGUAUUUGCUUUCUGGAUGACGAAUUGUAGGCGAAGUGUACAGAGGGAAUAAAGCAGAUCCAUGCUCUCUGUGCCCCAGGGCAGCUUGUUACCUGUAGCACCAGUUUCACCCCAGUCCACAAGAUGGAGACAAUCAGCCAACACGAUGACUUAGCCAUUUGCAGCGAGCCUCUUUUGAAGAGCAAGACACAAACCUGAUUUCAGAGUCACUUUUAUCACUUCUCUUUAUAUUGAGGUUGAUAAACGGAUCAGAAAUCAGGAAAGUAACUCCUCUUGAUGCUCAGCUCAGCCAUACAUCUGUCUUCACCAUGUGCCUCUGUGUAUGAAGCCUAUUCGCUUUGUGGUGUACUGUAAACGUGUUGCACAUGUUAGCCAAAUGAAAAAAAAA